GCGUGCGAUGUAGACAGUCCUGAGGACGUACGUUUACCUGCAGUCCCUACCACUUUCUUUGGCCGGUUGGUGGGCACCGCGUUCUCGUUACCGUGGUCCACGCUGCACUACUGUUCCACUAUCUCCUCAUUCACCUCGCGAUUCGACAGGAUCGAAGAACACGCGCGUAUCUCCCGGACAUUCAUCUUCGAAUUGUCGAUCUAUCGGUGAAAAGAACCGAGCGACUCUUCGCUCGAUUCCACAUCAUUCUCCACGCUCGUGUUGCCAAUCUUUCUUUCGUCUUUUUUUUUUUUUUUUUUACUUUCUAUCGGCGAAGACGCAUUGAGUCUUGUUACAAAAUUGUUUCAAAAAAUUUCGUGAAAAGUGACCGAUCUGACAGGGAAUCCGCGUGUUCAACGUCGCUGCACGAGAAGAGAUAAUAGUUUGGAUCUUAAACGUUCCUAUCUUGAUCUCACGAGGGAAGUGUAAAGGCAAAAGAUAAUACACAGUAAUAAACAAUAAGAAUUCACGAUACAACGACUCGACUCUUCUUUAUUAUUGACAUCGAUCAUCGCUCGUGAAAUCAUGUGCACCUGUUACCGUCAGUGUCACAAUUAGUUGCAUUUUACUGUAUUAUUCGUCCGGCGCUCAAGCUCUUUCGUUUAAAGAAUUUUGAAGAAGGGACCACUUGAACGGCUGAGUCGUUCGAAUGGGAGAGCAACGACGAAAGGAACGUAUUCGAUGGUGAUUGUCGGUCAGUGGAGAACAAUCAACCCACAGAUAAAGUGACAAAGGCAGGUGCCGGUUGGAAGGUGGAAAGUAGGCAAUAUCGUUUAAGAGGAACUCCUUCUACUGAGGAUUAUCAGAAGCAAUGGAAACGGCGAUCACGGCCUAAAUGAGUAUGACCGACAAAUAUGUGCGUGUAGUACGUUGGUGAUAGAGAAACCUACCUCGUAUGGUUCUCUUCUUUCCAUUCGCUCACCUCGGGCUGGAAAACUGUUGUGUGUUACAUAAAGAGGGAUUUUACUGGCCAGUUAAUGAACUCGGUUGUGCGCGCAAAUAGGGAACAUCUAUCGGCGACCUUACAAUACGAUAGACACACGCGACAACCCAACGAUCCUUAAUCUGAAACAGCUUGUAUAACAUCACGAUCGUGAAAGUAUAACUCGAAUAGCUGUAUCGGACGCAAUAAAGAAACGAUACAGGGGAAAGGAAAAACCAGAUCGAGGAAGGAAGGAAGAAUCGAUCCGGAUUGCGAGGGAAAGAGCAGGCGAUGCUUGGUAACGGUGUUUCAAGAACAGAUCGCGUACAUCCCCGGAAACAAUGCUCGGAGAAGUGACGUGAAACAACACUUUCGAAACGUAACACAUCGCAGAUUAAUUGUAACAAGAUUUCUAUGGUGCGGCGACGAUAAACAGAGCACGAAUUAUCCAAUUAUCUUAAUUGCUGUGAAUCUUAGCAUAGUGAAACAUAAACUAAUUCCAGCAAAGCGAGCGAUUAUCGCUUUCGUCGAUCUUCCAGCGGCAUCUUUUUCUUUUGCACGUAACGCGCACGUAUUACGUAUCCUGUUUUAAUAUUGAGAAACACUUCACAAAGAGAGCCACCCCGGGUUUUCGAAACCUGAUUUUGUGCACCGGUGUUGCACGAAAGUGAGCGGGCUCUCUCGAAGGAAUUUCGACACUUCUAUGAUUAUCGCGAGAUCCGAUUGGGCAACGUUGGUCGAAAAUGAAGUUCAUAGGGUCGUUGUUGGGCAUCAGCUCGCCCAAGAAGAUGGGCAAAGAGUACAUGAAAGUAGGAAGGAACGCUCUGUUCGGGCUAAGGACGAAUCAACACGAUGGCCUGUACACGGACAAGGUUCCCAGACCUUUGUCCUUCCUCAUUUCGAGGAAUGGAAAACUCAAACACGGUAGAUUGUCAGCAAUAUUCAUAGGAGUUUUAACGCUUGUAAUUGGCAUUAUAUUAAGCAGUAUACCUUGGGUAGAUUAUAUCAUAUUAAAGCAACUACGGUUAUGGAAUGGUUCUCUUUCGUUUCAAUACUGGCAAAAACCGGGAGUAGUUAGACUAACUAAAGUAUACAUAUUCAAUGUAACAAAUGCAGAAAACUUCUUGCAAUAUAAUGAGAAGCCAAAAUUACAAGAGGUUGGUCCAUUCGUAUAUAGAGAAGAUAUGGAAAAGGUGAACAUUGUUUUCCAUAAUAAUGGUACUGUAAGUUAUCAACACAAGAAGAUAUUAAACUUUGAACCAGAGAUGUCGAAAGACAAGAAUCUCAAAGUAAUAGUACCAAAUAUUCCUCUGCUUACACUGUCAACGCAAAGUAAGGCGCUACCUCGAAUUAUUACUCUGGGAUUACAUAUGUUUUUGAGCGGAAUGCAUAUGACACCGUUUGUUCCAGUCACUGCCCAAGAACUUGUUUUUGGAUACAAUGAUCCACUAGUUAGCAUUGCACAUCGAUUUUUUCCGAAAACGAGACGUCCCAUGAGUCAAAUGGGACUUCUUCUUGGGAGGAACGGUACAUUAGAGGAAGUGUCCACUAUUUUCACAGGACAUACGGAUAUGAAAGAAUUUGGAUUAAUAAAUCGUUUAAAUGGAUUAGAUCGUUUGCCAUAUUGGCCAAACUCGCCUUGUAACUCUAUUCGUGCUUCAGAAGGAUCGUUUUUUCCACCUCGCGAUAAAACUGGUGCAGAUAUCAUACAUAUCUGGGAUAAAGAUCUUUGUCGCACUUUACCUUUGAAAUAUCGUGGUCCAACUGAAAAAUCAGGAAUCAAAGCAGAUCUGUAUACACCUCCUGAUACUGUAUUUGGACGUCCAAAUGAAAAUGCUCCGGAAAAUGAGUGCUUUUGUUCAGAUGACAUGUCGACUUGUCCUUCAAAUGGAUUACAAAAUAUUAGUCCUUGCCAAUACACUGCACCAGUUUAUCUUUCCUUCCCGCAUUUCUACAAAGCAGAUCCGAAGUUAUUAGAUGCGAUUCAUGGGUUAAAGCCAAAUCCUGACAUACAUGAAACAUACUUUAAAAUUCAACCGAAACUUGGUGUACCGUUGGAAGGAAAAGUACGUGUUCAGUUAAAUUUAAAGGUGGAACACCAACCGCACAUCGGUGUCGUAUCGAAUUUUCCGGACAUAGUAUUUCCUAUCAUGUGGAUUGAGGAGGGUGUCGAAGAAUUGACUCCUUCCAUCCGCAGAUGGAUCUAUUUAGCAACAACGUUUAGCGAUGUUGCUGCGCCUUGUACCUCGUAUGGAUUAAUUCUAGUCGGUAUAGUAAUCAUAUUCGUCGUUUUUAUGAAGGCUUAUAACAACCCGAUAUUCACGCAUGAAGCGAUCGAAUUAGGUAAACGAACUAUAAGAAGAGGUUCGUCGUUAUUAAUGAACGGACAACACAAGUUAUUAAUCACACGAGAACAAUACGUUUUGCUCAACAACGACAACGACGACAAACUAGAAAGAAUAGAAGUCUAGUUGUAAUUGUAAUAUGAUUAUUUUUUAAUGAAUAGUACUUGAUUUACAUUUAAGUGAAUAAGAAUUGCGAA